CAUUAAAGUGCGGCCCGGAGAACCUUAUAAGUUAUAACUGUCAUUGUCGUUUAUCUUCAUAGCACUUGUAACGACCACCCUGGGUCCCAAACACGUAAACCCAGAAAAUGACUGAAUGGGGAUACACUAAUUUCAGAUGACAAACAAUCAUACAUUCCGUAGGAUUGCAAGUUCCAACGAACCAUUUGUGUCAAAUGCUAUUUAGAAUUGUUUUAUUGCAUCGUAUCGUUAGGUCAAAUCAAAUGCUAUCAUGCUCGUUACAUACUUGUAUUUGUUUAUACAUGAAAUUUUAUUUUUUUUUAUUUAUUCAUUUUAUUUUUUUAUUUUUUUGUGGACGAGUUUGGAGGGAAAAAUCACCAAAUUUAAAUUCUAAUUUCUUUGAAAGUUCAGAAGUAAACAAACAUGCGAACGCCCUGCUUAAGUUUGAACAUUAACUCAACGUGUUAAUAGGAUAAUUUUCAGAUGAAAAAAAACAACCCGUUACUGCCUACCAGGAUUUCGUCCAAUCAUUUAGCACGUUAAAGCCCCCCCGCUCAGAAGAACUCGGGAUCAAUAGAUUCAUACAGCAUGUACCACAUGCACGCGGUCUGUCUGUCAAACAACACCGGUUAUCAGCGCGCAUUACGUUAUCAAAAUAAAAUUCCGAAGCAUGAAUGGAUUAAGGUGUUGGAUUGCGACCUUCUCAUUUCGAUAUUCACUUGACUAGGUGUGAAGAAACAGAUAUAUAACCGCCACAAUGGGUUAAAUUGGUGGCGUGUAGAUAGCUUUAUACACAGACAUCCAGGUGUUAAAAAUUGCUCCGUUCCAUGUCGUUUCAUUUCUUAAUUAUGAACAGUGCUGCUAUAAUACGAGAAGGAACAUUUAAAGUUUGCAUGUAACCGGACCAAUAGCGGGGAAUAGUCAUGUAACCGGACCAAUAGCGGGGAAUAGUCUUUGUCGAAUAAAACCCAUUUUUGCAAAGUUUCAGUCGUGGAUUUCAUUAGUUAAUUGAAGUGAAAACAAAUAUAGAACGUUGAUUUAAAACAGAGAAGGAUGUGAAUGGAAAUGGUGGGCGUUUCAGUAUCAAAGACCAUCAGAAAAUUUCGUCGAAAAUCGUGGUGUAAAUUGAUUUCUAGUGGCUUCUUAUUAAUUAUUUUGUGUUUCCUAAGCGUCAAAAGUCAACUGCUAUAUCGUGAAACUUGGAGCCCAACAAGAUACUCCUCAUCUAGUUUCUAUUUAAGACUUCCUGAAUUGGGACAUAACAACAGAAACUUGCAGAAUAUAGUUCUAUAUGGCGGUGUUAGACAUGGCAAACCAGGGGUACCCUCUGACAAACUUUACGUAUUUGAGAAUACGCGGAACCCAACGCUGGUCACAGACCAAGGGAAAGUCAAUCGGAAAACAGACAGUCUGUAUUUAAAGAAUAUGGAAAUAGGAAGAAACCGGCGGCUUCCACAAGCUAUAAUCAUAGGGGUGAAAAAGGGCGGGACACGGGCCUUGUUAGAAUUUCUCCGCGUCCAUCCAGACGUCUUGGCUACGGGUCCGGAGCCGCACUUCUUUGAUAAACAUUAUCACAGAGGCUUGGAAUGGUACAGGUCGCUUAUGCCAGAAACGUUGCCAAACCAGCUCACCAUAGAGAAAACCCCGAGUUAUUUCGUCACCAAGGAGGUUCCAGCUCGGAUCUGGAAAAUGUCAAAUUCUACCAAACUUUUAUUGGUUGUUCGAGACCCUGUGACGCGUGCUAUUUCAGAUUAUACACAAAUUCGUAGCAAGCACGGAAAAAUCAAGUCGUUCGAGAGCUCUGCUUUCUUACACAAUGACACGAGUCAGAUAAACGUUUCCUGGAUUGUGCUUCGAAUUGGACUGUAUAUUAAACAUUUAGAAAAUUGGUUAUCUGUAUUUCCUUUGGAGCAGAUUCAUUUUGUUCACGGAGAAAAUUUAGUGACUAAUCCCGGCGAAGAAAUGAGUAAAGUGCAAAAAUUCCUAAACUUAAAACCGGUUAUAACAGAAAAACAUUUCUUCAUCAAUAAAAGCCGAGGGUUUCCGUGUAUCAAGAAGAAAAUUAGCAACAAACGGGGGCAUUGUCUGGACGAGAGCAAAGGUCGCAAACACCCAGACCUGCCAGCAAAUGUCAUGGCCUCUCUCAGACGUUUUUAUCGUCCGUUCAAUGAAAGGUUUUACCAAGUGACAAAUAUCAAUUUCAACUGGACAUAGUCUAUCCUGAACUACCCUUUGAAAUCAAUUAUCUGAUGUUUUGCAAUUUAUUUCAUCGACAUUCAUGAGUCAACUUCAAGAGAAACAUAAAAUGUCUAUAUAGGAACCGUUCCAUAUCUGUCUCAGGAUAACCUGGGUUUGUUUUUGUUUUUUUAAUGUUUUAACUCAAAAUGUCAUCUCUGCUUCCAAAAGUAGAGCGAAGGUGAAAAUGAAUAAUUAGAUUUAAAUGAUGUGUAUUUACUCAAAUUCCUUUCUAUAAGUGCGUGAAAAGCAUCUAAGUAUAGCUGAAAUGAGUAAAGCGCUAGUAUGAUUAAUUUUGCAUGAUAAAAUAAUGUAAGUAUUUCUUCCAUUUUUACAGACGGUAGUUGUCGGAGGUGUCCUGGAUGUAACAAACCGUUUGAAGGAUACCGAGUUUUUCUCCAGCACCACAGUCAACAAGACACGGGCCGCUAGGGGCAGCCAUGGAAGCUUCAUCAAAUUUAGACUGAAAGUAAAUUAAUAAGGAAACCGUAGCAAGCCUCGUGGGCGAUACUGAGGUUACAGGGACGAUAAACUGCAUGUGCGUGUUGAGUGAAUACUAAUUUGAUAUUCUUGGUGUUUGUCAUGUUCAGUCCUUUACUUGUAUGUAUCAAUAGUCAAAAUUGGAAAGAUAUUGUCGGUACAUCAAACGUUUUUAUUUUGUGAUUUUCUACAUUGUUAUGCAUGUUACGUUGUCAAUGUGUUGAAAUGAAAAUGUUAUAACAGGGAGUAAGUCAAUUACAUUUCUGUCUCACGAUAUAUUGAUACGGGUACUAAAUGAUGCAUUGUUUUCAUUGAUUUUCUUCAUUAAUAAAAUCUGUGAUGAAAUAUAACUUUCCACGUUUGAAAAAGUGGACAUAUUGCUUUGCGCAUGUCGGUAGGUAGGUUGGUCAGUACCCCACAUCCUGUGCAACGGAUAAUAGGAGAACGAUUCACUAUUUCAUACUCGAUAGGCUGAAACGAUGACCCCAUUGCCAGGCAGGUCGUCAAGGUCACAACCUAACCUGACAGGUUUUGUAAGUAAUUGAUCUUGUAUAACGGAUAAUUGGGUUUACUUCUCAGACUUUGUGACAAGAUCCCUAAAUUGCUUGACAUGUCGGUAUAUUCAAGAUCACUGCCAAGUCGACAGGUUUGAUCUUUUGCAAAGCGUAACUGGGUACCUCGCAGGUUCAUACUAGGUAGACUGAUAUAUAUAUAUAUAUAUCAGCAGUCCAUAUUUCUUAUCAGGUCAGUAAGGUCAAGGUCACUACCAGGACUGACAGACUGUACGUGUGUAAUAUAUCUUGUGCAACAGAAAACUAAAGAAUGCUUUAUUUCUCAAGACUUCAUAUUUGGGGGACGGACACGCAUCAUGCUGAUGUUCCCUAUUUCUCAGAAGGUCACGGACCCCUGAGCAUACCAGAGGUGGGUUCAGGUGCCUAGGAGAAGUAAGCAUUCCCUGUUGACCGCUUAUAUCCUCUAUGCACCCUAUAUAUAAUAUUUUUGUGCAACAAUAACUGGAGAACGGUUUAUUUCUCAGAUGUCAUAUUUGAUCUGGAGAACAGUUUAUUUCUCAGAUGUCAUAUUUGAUGGGCCAUUAUCGUGAUUUACAUCAGUAUGUCAAGGUCACUACCAGGUCAAACAGACCGUAUUUUUCUCCCACGUCUUGUGUAUUGCAAUAUCAAUCCUUUCGUUAGGUCUGCUUUUCAGAUUUAGUUCUUCAGUGUGAUGUGUUGUGUACUGUAAUUUCUGUUACUCGGGAGAAGGGGGCUGUAUGUUCUACAAACACCUCUGCAGUUGAAAAUAUCUAAUGGCUACAAUGGUCGCUGCUUUGGUGAUGUCUGCUUGACUGUAUAGCAUUUUUUCUACAUCGACAUGAGUUCUGUCUGAUUUUUGUAUGUAAAAUAACGACACACGGAGGACAGAUCUGGUGUGUCUAGGAGUCGGUGUUUGCCAUACUGUUAAUUUUGAAUUUUAUAUUGCGAAAUUGAUAUCUAGAAUUAUUUCCAGUUUUUUAAAGAAUGGUUUAAAUAACAUUAAAACUUUAAAAGGCAUAAA